AUGGCUCUCCUCGGCAAGCGCAAGUCGCGCGACGGCGAAACCGCCAGCGCCGACGUCUCGGAGCUCGACGCCGCGGCCAUCUUCCGACGCCACUUCGAGGCCCAGUUUGAGCCCCUCGACGAGGAGGACGAGGCGGCGCGGGCGCAGCGCGAGCAGGACGACGACGACGAGGUCGACUCGGACCUCAAUGGCGACGACGAUGACGACGACGAUGACGAUGACAGUGACGACGCGGAUGAGUGGGGUGGCUUCUCGGGCGCAGAAGACAAAGACUCAGAAGACAGCGACGACGAGGACACGCAGACAACAGCAGCAGUCGAAGUCAUAGACCACUCGAAGCCGCAAAUACCAAAGGAGCCUCAAAUGAGCAAAAAAGAACUCAAAGCAUUCAUGUCCUCCAAGGUCAUCGACCACACCGCCCCUCAGCCCUCCCCGUCCUCCUCCUCCGCCGCCGCCUCGGCCAAGCCCGCCAAGGCCCUCCCCGAGGACGCGCCGUCUCUCCUCGCGCAGGACCUCGAGCUGCGCCGCCUCCUCUCCGAGUCGCACCUCCUCACGCCCUCGCACAACAACGCCGCCUCGGCCUCGGUCUUUUCCUCCUCCGUCGUCCACGGCACCGCGGCGGAGCCGAGGGCCUUCUCGUCGGGCCGCACGCGGCAGCGGGCGACCGACCUCCGCCUGCAGGCCCUCGGGUCCAAGGGCUCGGUGCUGGCGCAGGAGCGCAUGCCGAUGAGCAUGCGCAAGGGGAUCGCGGCGGCGGCCGACGCGCGCGACGCCAAGCGCAGGCGAGAGGCCAAGGAGAAUGGCGUGAUCCUGGAGAGGAGCGCGCAGACGCAGGGGAGGAAAAAGGGCGGCGGCGGCGGCAGCAGCAGGGGGAGAGGUGGUGGUGAUGUGCACAGCCCGGGGAUUGGACGCAUGAGAGGUGCGGAGCUGAGGAUUAGCGAGAGUGAUGUGAGAAAGAUUGAGGGAAGUCGGGAUGCGUUUGGCAGAAAGGGACGGGGUGGAGGUCGGCGGUAG